AUGUACUUUUCCAGCGUUGCUGCGGAUAAUACAGCCAAACUUGUAGAAGGAAGUUCGAUACUACUUCUAAAUUCGGGAAAGAAACCAAAAAAGCCUGCCAUCGAAUCCAUUCAGCCCUCAGGAAUUUUGGGAAGGCUGCGAUCUUUCUUACCGCAAAUCGCUACAGCAAACCAGGAAUUGAGCAGCAAUGAUGCUGAGAAAGUAGAUGUGGAUGUGAUUAAAGUAGAUUCGGAUAUUGAAGAGAGCGAUACAAGUACGGAUGAUGCUGACAGCAGCGAGGAAGUUGAGAGCGACGAAGUAAGUACGGUUUAG